AUGCUGCUGCUGCUGGCCCUGCUCUGGGGGAUGGCGGGGGUGGUGGGACAGGGAUGGCCCAGGGGAGGUUACAGGCUGCGAGUGCAGAGUGUGGUGACGGUGCAGGAGGGCCUGUGUGUCCAUGUGCCCUGCUCCUUCUCCUAUCCUCUGUACGGCUGGAAGGACUCUCAUCCUGUUCAUGGCUACUGGUUCCGGGAAGGGGCCAGUGUGGAGAGGGACGCUCCCGUGGUCACAAACGACCCAGCUAGGAAAGUGCAGAAGGAGACCAAGGGCCGAUUCCACCUCUUAGGGGAUCUCAGGAGGAACGACUGCUCCCUGAGCAUCAGAGACGCCACAAGGAGGGUCGAGGGGUCAUACUUUUUUCGGGUGGAGCGAGGAUGGAUGAAAUGGAACUAUGAACAAAACAAGCUGGCUGUGCAUGUGACAGCCCUGACCCACACGCCCGACAUCCUCCUCCCGGGGUCCCUGGAGUGCGGCCACCCCAGCACCUUGACCUGCUCUGUGCCCUGGGCCUGUGAGCAGGGGACGCCCCCCAGGAUCUCCUGGGAGGGGUCUUCCGUGGCUCCCCAGGGCCCCACCAUCGGCCGCUCCUCAGUGCUCACCCUCGUCCCUCAGCCCCAGGACCACGGCACCAGCCUCACCUGCCAGGUGACCUUGCCUGGGGCCGGUGUGACCAUGACGAGGACCGUCCAUCUCAACGUGUCCUACUCUCCUCAGAACCUUACCAUGACUGUCUUCCAUGGAAAUGGCUCAGAAGUCACUGGGCUUGGGAACGGCUCAUCUGUGUCAGUCCUGGAAGGCCAGUCCCUGCGUCUGGUCUGCGCUGUCAACAGCAACCCCCCUGCCAGGAUCACCUGGACCUGGGGGAGACUCACCCUCAACCCCUCCCAGCCCUUGGGCCCUGGGGUGCUGGAGCUGCCUCGAGUGCACCUCAGGGAUAAAGGAGAAUUCACCUGCCAAGCUCAGAACCCUCUGGGCUCCCAGCACGUCUCCCUGAGCCUCUCCCUGCAGACUGAGGACCCAGGCACAGUGCAGCCUGUCUCGGGGGGGACGCUGGGGGCUGUCUGGGGAGCUGGAGCCACAGUCCUGGUCUUCCUGUCCUUCUGCGUCAUCUUCAUCAUGGUGAGGUCCUGCAGGAGGAAGGCGGCAAGAGCAGCAGCGGGCGUGGGGGACACAGGUGUGGAGGAGCCAGACGCUGUCAGGGUCCCAGGCUCUCGGGUAAUACUGGAUAUGUCCACAUCCAGCUUGCAGCCUGGA